CUUCAGACUCUCUGGUAUAACUCCAAUUUCCAUUUAUCCGAUGAAGAUCACCUUGGUGCCAUUGUCCUUCCCUGCGCUCCUGCUGCGGAGGUUUUAGACCGGAGAGCCUACGGGGGGGAGAGUUGAAGAGAUCCCUUUUCCUUAUUUUUUCUGCUCAUUCCAUCCUUCUCCGCUCUGAGCGGAGAACCAACCGCGUUCAGCCAUUGAGGGGCAACUAUUUCAGAGCAUCUCGACACAUAGGCAAAUGGAGCAAACCUAUGGAGAGGUGAACCAGUUGGGCGGCGUGUUCGUGAACGGACGACCCCUGCCUAAUGCAAUCCGCUUGAGAAUAGUGGAGCUCGCUCAACUUGGAAUCAGACCGUGUGAUAUCAGCAGGCAACUGCGCGUCUCGCACGGCUGUGUGAGUAAGAUACUGGCGCGCUAUAAUGAAACCGGCUCCAUUUUACCCGGUGCCAUCGGUGGAAGCAAACCACGGGUGACUACGCCAAACGUGGUGAAAAACAUAAGGGAAUACAAGCAAGGCGACCCGGGGAUCUUUGCAUGGGAAAUCCGUGACCGGCUUCUCGCGGAUGGAGUUUGCGACAAGUACAACGUGCCGUCCGUCAGCUCGAUCAGCCGGAUUUUACGCAACAAGAUUGGAAACCUUUCCCAGCCGACCCAAUACGAAGGCGGCAAGCAGGGCUCCUCGCAGGGCGGCCUCGCAUACAACCACAUAUACCCUUAUACAUACCCCAACACCAUGUCGCCAACGGGAACCAAGAUGGGCAGCCCACCCGGGUUACCGAUGACCGCGGGGCACGUCAGCCUGUCCCGGGCCUGGCCCUCGGCGCACACCGUCAGCAACAUUCUCGGUAUACGGGCUUUUAUGGAUCACACAGCGAUGGCUGGAGCGGAGGGAUAUCCUCCAAAAAUGGAGGACUGGGGAAGUGUCAACAGAGCCUCUUUUCCCGCGGCUCACUCAGUCAACGGAAUUGACAAAUCGGCCAUUGAUGCAGACAUCAAAUAUGCACAGCCAUCCUCCACAUUGUCCAGUUAUGUUCCAGCAUGCGCGUACUCUACAUCGAACCAAUAUGGCGUUUACAGUCCUGCUGGGAGCUACGUCACCCCUGGCCAUCACUGGCAGACGCAGUCCCACCCAGGCAGCGCCAUGAGCAUGCACGCUGGAGACAUCCAUUCUACGAUGGCGUUCAAGCAUCAGUCGAGAGACGGAGACAGAAAACCCUCCAGCCCAAUCAGCAAGCAGCAGCAGCAGCAGCAGCAGCAGCAGCAGCAGCAGCAGCAGCUGCAGCAGCAGCAGCACGACUCGCUGAACAGUGUACACGGACUCAGCCUGGCUACCUCAUCAUCAUAACGCCAGAGGGCCCCAGGCCUGACCCGGACUGAUAUAGGCCUACUCAAGGGCCACAGAAACAUAUAGGCCUCAUUUACAUAGACCUAACUGCAAGAAUUCCAACAGUAAGUGUUUUGCAUUUGUUUUUGUUUUGGG